GCAGAAGGAGCUCGAGGCGAGGUGGUCUAUUUACAACGCCGAGGUUCAAGCAGUGGAAACAGAUAUUGCGCUUCGGUACAAGCUUCAUGAGGAAAUGAAGGCCAGAGUCAUUCAAGAAGACCAGGCGAUAACAGUGGCCCGGAGGGAGCCGUGUUCCGCGUCCUUUCCGCAGUUCGAUACCCCUACUAAAUACACCGGGGACGAGUACCACGGCAACCAGUGGAGGCUUUAUUCGCCCGAGUUUUUGAGGACCUACUCCGACCCUUUCAUGGAGUGCAGUUUUAAUAACUACUUCGUCAUGAGCAGAGAGAGCGACCGACAAGACUGUACGCGCUAUUGCAAUGCCUCCAUCCACCUCACUUGCCGCGAAGUCACAAUCGACCUGUGCCCUGAAGAGUGGCCCAGAACAGCAAAGGGCUUCAACAGGCCAUUCUUCGCUACGGUAUCAGAAGUUGCUCAUUACGCCAACGAGGAGUGCCACCUCAUAACCAAACCUCAAUCGCGGGUAGCGGUGGCGCUCGUGACCUCGGACUUGAUCAAGGUAUCAGUGCAAAGCAGUCCCAUCAACCCCCCAGAGCAUAGGGACAAGUGGGAGCCUCGCGAGAACUUCGACCGACAAAUACCAGCCGUUUUCGAGUUCUACGGGGUACUGAAAAGCAGGAGUGAUGGAGAGUAUGACGCGGUUGAUUGUGAAGCAGUCACGCGUUUGUGGGGGUCGAGGGCUAGACGGGACAGAGAAGCGUUCGACGGGAAGGACAGAAAAGUUAAUGUCGAAACUCAAGUGGACAGUAUAGAGCCAAGUGGUGCACCACGCGUCGUGCUCUGGCCGGACUCGCCAUGGUGACAUGGAGCAUUGAAAGUGGAGGGCAGUAGAUUAGACUCUUGUUAGCUCUUAGCCAUGAAAGUGGCAUACUCGAAGUGUCGUUUCAAUCAAAUUGAGC